AUGAGUCUUGUUGGUGAACUGACUUACUUUCUUGGUCUUCAAGUCAAACAAAUGGACGAUACUAUCUUUAUCUCUCAAAGAAUGUAUGCUAAGAGUAUAGUAAAGAAGUUUGGCAUGGAAAAUGCAAGUCACAAAAGGACACCUGCACCAACCCACUUGAAGCUAACUAAAGAUGAAAAGGGUGUAGAUGUGGAUCAAAGUCUGUACAGGAGUAUGAUUGGUAGUUUGUUGUAUCUUACAGCUAGCAGACCUGACAUUACAUUUGUUGUAGGAGUGUGUGCAAGAUAUCAGUCUGAACCCAAAAUGAGUCAUAUUACUCGAGUGAAAAAGAUCCCAAAAUACAUCAAUGGGACUAAUGACUAUGGAAUAUUGUAUUCUCAUAAUGUAAAUCCCAUGCUUAUUGGAUAUUGUGAUGCAGUUUUGGCAAGUAGUGCUAAUGACAGAAAGAGCACUCCUGGAGAAUGUUUCUUCUUGGGAAAUAAUCUAAUAUAUUGGUUCAACAAGAAGCAAAACUAUGUGUCAUUAUCAUGGUUGAGGCUAAAUAUAUUGCAGUAG